UUUCCUUAGUUACUCAGUGAAAAAGUGUGUGUGUGUGCUUGUUCAUGUGUGUGUGUGUGUGUGUGUGUGCUAUGUGAUACCCCAGGUCUUGUUCCACAGACACUGGGAGAUUGUCAUUCAGGCCUUGUAUGCAGUAUGCUGUAAAAUCAGCCUCGACCUGAGCACCGUGCGGACGGAGCACUUCUCAUCCUUUAAGAGACCUUUUUGUAAAAAUCCUGUCAGUAAAAUGUUUAGCCAUUUCUGAGGCGCCACGUAAACACUUGUUUUGCUCUUUUCAGCCUUACUUAAAUAUUUAAAAGAAGAUGAGGGUCUAUGUUUUUGUGCUUCUUAUCAGUACGCACUUCCACGUGGUGCUCUCAGCCCAGGGCCACUACGCUCUGAAGCUUCUGAACAACCUGAUGGAGAAUUAUUCGAAGGCUCUGAGGCCUGUGGAGGACACUGACAAGGCUCUCAAUGUUACGCUGCAGAUUACACUCUCUCAGAUCAAAGACAUGGAUGAAAGAAAUCAGGUGCUGACAACAUACUUGUGGGUGCGUCAGAUCUGGCACGAUGCGUACUUACGCUGGGAUAAAGAUGAGUACGAUGGACUGGAGGUGAUCCGCAUCCCUAGCGAUCUGGUCUGGAGACCUGACAUUGUUCUUUACAACAAUGCUAAUGAAGAAGACUCAUCAGGCCCUCCUGACACUAAUGUAGUGUUACGAUACACGGGUGAGAUCACAUGGGAUGCUCCUGCAAUCACAAAGAGCACUUGUGUGGUAGAUGUCUCCUACUUCCCCUUCGACAGCCAGCAGUGCAACCUAACUUUUGGCUCCUGGACUUACAACGGCAACCAGGUGGACAUCAACAUGGGUGGUAUGGAUAGUGGUGACCUGUCAGACUUUGUGGAGAAUGUGGAAUGGGAAUGUCAUGGCAUGCCGGCUGUCAGGAACGUAAUCAUGUAUGGCUGUUGCUCAGACCCAUACCCAGAUAUCACCUACACGGUGCUGCUGAAACGCCGCUCCUCAUUCUACAUCUACAACCUGCUCCUCCCCUGCUUUCUUAUCUCCUUCCUGGCUCCACUUGGUUUCUACCUGCCAGCUGACUCUGGAGAGAAGGUCUCACUCGGAGUCACAGUGCUUCUAGCCCUCACCGUCUUCCAGAUGAUGGUGGCUGAAAGCAUGCCGCCGUCUGAGAGUGUGCCACUCAUUGGUAAAUACUACAUAGCAACAAUGACAAUGAUUACAGCCUCCACCUCACUGACGAUAUUCAUCAUGAACAUUCACUUUUGUGGUGCAGAAGCCAAGCCGGUUCCCCACUGGGCCAAAGUCCUAAUUAUCGACUACAUGGCGAAGAUUUUCUUUGUGUAUGAAGUAGGGGAGAAUUGCACUUCUCCUCAAAGUGAACAAGGCCCACCUUUUGUUGAGGACCCACUGGCUAGUCUGGAAAAUUUCGACUAUUUCUCCAGCAAUUUUUAUAGCAAUCAUCUACAUGAUGGGUCUAUAAAUCAAUACAACAGAUAUAAUAACUGUGGUAGAGAAGCCAGAAAUCACCAGUCAAACGGCUACCAUUUCAACACCCUGAACAUGGCACAUAUACCACCGCAGUUCUCAUCAAGACAGAAAACACACCCGCAGACCAAUUACAUACACCACAUUGGGCGAGACGGCAAUGCAGUUAACCUGAGGGAAGAAAAACUGAGGCAAAGUGAUCUCUCUAUUCCUGAAAAACUAAACGGGUACACUUAUGAACAUAGCACCAGCUACCAGCACAAUAAUGAGUACAUCAAACCAUACAUGAUGGAAGGCUACAGUAAAAAGACCAACAGUGAGUGCACAUGUGUGUGUGCUCAGCAUCAGAAAGUGGUGCAGAACAUUGAGUACAUUGCCAACUGCUUUCGGGAGCAAAGGUCAAACCAGGCCAAAGGAGCAGAGUGGAAGAAGGUUGCCAAGGUAAUGGACAGGUUUUUCAUGUGGGUGUUUUUCAUCAUGGUCUUUCUCAUGAGCAUCCUCAUCAUGGCCAAGGCAUCUUGAGAUCAUGUGAUAUGAGUUGCAGCCAGAAAUUGAAGACAGGAGUAAUGUGAAAACAUGAUCCUUACUGUUCCAUACUAGCAGAAGGAUACUAACUAAUGCUACAGUAAAUACUUGCAUUAGAGAAUGUUGUUAAUGGAAUAGGAACCCAUUUGCUGUAGAACUGGUGAAAAUGAGCGAUGGGUUAUUUGUGUAAACUGAAUCAAAAUGUAAAUCAAAAUAUAAGUUGCAGUCUGACAGCUCCAGGUUCCCUGCUUCGAAUUCUGAGCUUGAGUUUCUGUGCCCAUUUUUCAUGUGUAUACACUAUGAAGGUUUUCUCCAGACUCUCUAGUUUCCUCCGACAUCCAAAAAUGUCUUUCCCAUUCCCAGUGAAUUUCCCAUUCUUGUUUUUCUCUGGAUGUAUAUAUAACAUUUCACAUUCACUCUAAAAUAAUGCACACAGUUGAAUCUUAAUAUAAAGUAUUUAAUAGUUAAAGUGAAGACAUGUUUCUAUGUGUGUGCAAGGAGUAAGACAAUCUGUUGGCACGUACACAUAAAUAAUAUAUAAUUAACCCCAAGAGCACGCAAUCAUCAAUGAUUUAUAAACUAAUUAACUGAUUACAUAUAUAUUUAUAGCCCUUUAACACUUUACAUAUACAAAUAAAAUCUAAAAUUAACAUCAUUAUGCACUACUCACUUCCUUUGACAGAGAAACACUGUGCAGAAAUGGCUGUUCUACUUGCUAGUGCACAGAUCUGCUGACACUGAACACCUCCCACUCCAAGAGUUGAACACCUCCCACUCCAAGAGUUGAACACCUCCCACUCCAAGAGUUGAACACCUCCCACUCCAAGAGUUUGUCUCCUGAGCACCUAAACCUACAGAGAGAAAAAAAUUUAAGCUCGAUUUUUCCUCCCAAUCUCAUCAGCAUAUCAUAAUCAAGGCGUUAUGAUUAAAUUCUCUGCAUUACAUUUCUCAGAAUCAACAUAUACAGCUCAAUAAGCUCAAUAAUGUAUGAACUUUUCAGAAAGGUUUAUCAAACUCAUUCUAGAAAACCUUUUGCUGCCAUGCUCCAUUUAAAAAAGGAGGCUAUUAAGCUAUAUGGCUCUGUCACAUACAGGGUUUAGGGAUAGCAGGAAUUCCCAUCUUACGUGUCUUGUGUUACCUUAUACUCAUUCAAUCAGGUGUCAUGCAAACGCAGGGCAGGUUGAAGUGAAAGGACUAUUGAAACAUGAGUGUUUGAGAGCAGCAUGUAAAGGUGAAACAGAUUCUGGUCUUAGAAUAUCACAUUACCAAACACUGAACUGAUCGGCUUUAGUUUUUCUGUCUCUUUUUCCAAGCCGGUGCUGUUGUGUGCUGGUUGUGACAGAGGUUUGAAACAACAUAGACCAGGAUAUUCACCAGGUACACAAACACUAUGCCUUUCUGCAAAACCCUAUAAAAAUUGAACUUAACAAUAGAAAAAACAUGAAGCUAAGGAUUUGAAAGACCAGCAAUGGAAAUGAAGUAAAUUGGUCAUUUUUAUUUGUGAGCUCAGGAAGUAAACUUUUCUAAAACUAAACUAAAGUUUAUAUCAAAGCAUAUAUCAAAUAUGUGUCAAAGUAACAGCAACGUGAAUAUCAGGACCCAAGAUU